CUGCCAACUUUUGCAUUCUUCGUCCUGCAGGCUAUUUGUUUGGCCUAUGCCAUUAUUUCUACUUUGAUUGACAUAACUGCUGUUAGUCUCAUGCUUCUUUCCCCCUUUACAGAUGAGCGAUAUCAUGAAGGUUACUGGGAACAGUUUACUCUCAAUCCCAAAACCCGUUGUUCUUAGUGAUGCCUUCUUUCAUAGGAGGCAGUUGGCCGUUCAAUGUGCUAUGUGGGUAUCAGCAAUAGACACAACAACGCUCUAAAUCGCCGCUUAAUUGAUGGAUGCGGCAAUUGUCCGAACGGACACCUGCAGGCCUACAGCCGCAACAAGUAUAUGAGCGAUUUACACAACAUUUUUAGCACAGAAGCCGUUGAUAUGGAUUGUCGCAGCAUGAAUGGUCAAACAGCUCAUGCGUCGGCGGAAGAGCUCUCGGAUGCGAGGUCGUCAGACUCACUAGAGAUGCUCAUCCGCUACGAAAUUCAAUUAUAUUGCGUGGCCAACUCAUCCCAAGCCAGAGAAAUUUGGUAUAUAUCGUAAAAGUACCAUCUAGAGGCGUUCAUCCUUCUAUGCAACGGAAGUAAGAUAAAUAGAGCCACCAGCGAUCUUAUCGAUAAACGUUGACUGGAGUUGAUCUGGAC